AUGCAAUUCCCAAACACUACUUUCAAUUCCCCCAGAAUUAUCUUUGCCGUUGCUCUCUUCGUCCUUUCAGCACCCAUAAUCGCAGUACCAAUGCCGCUUUCUCAUACCGUCAGCUAUCCUUGUAACACGAGCGCACAUGGCCUUGAUCGCAGCAGUGUCAAACGAUCCUUGACCAGACCUUGA